AUGUGUUCUUCUAAUGAACAUUUUCUUCGUUAUCUAUUUAAAUGUUUUAUAGAAGGUCCCCUCACGAAAACAGUAAUAAUCGCAGUCUCAUCAACGCUGACUAGAUCGAACAAGUCUUUGGAGUGGAAUGACAGUUUGUUGGAUCCUAGUUCCGAUUUAUAUCGAAAUUAUUCAACUGAAAUUUGUGAUUUGCUUUUGGACAGCAUCAAUUCAACUUACAUUGAGGGAAUAAUCAAUGUUAAUUGCACAGUUGUUGGCUUCUCACGUGGAUCAGUUAUUGGAAGUGCUGUAUUAGUCAUCGAUUACAGUAGCACAAGUGAGAAUUUUUCAUCAACUGAAGUGUCAAAAGACACUGUUCGCAAUGCUGUUGUGGAAUACAUAGCAGAAUUGGUUGCCAAUGGUUCGGAGCAAGUGUAUUUCGGCACAUCAAGUGGCUUGGCAGUAGAAACUGUAAUCCAUGUGGCAACCACUGAGGUGAUCACUGAAUCUCAGAAUACCGAUGCUUACAAUACUACGGAGACAACUGAAUUAAGCAAAACGACUUUCAGUACGAAAAAUAUACUAGAACUAUCAAUGACAGUGGAGAUUUUAAUAGGAAAUCAACAAACAAAUUGGAAUUUCGAACUGUCCAACAAAUUUUCUGAACUUUACAAUAGUACUGCUGAAAAAACUUGUGCUUCGAUAAAAGCCAGCCCUCGAUAUAUUACAUCAAUACAAUUCACCGUAACUACUUGUAAUGUUCUUCGUUUUUAUCCGGGUUCUGUGAAAUCUGAUGUACAGAUAAUUGUAGAAUACAUAAAUAACUUCAAUGUGACUCAAACACAAAUUCUUCAAGCAAUUCAGUUGGGUUCACAAUUAUAUGUAAUAGAUCUGUUAAAAAAUGAGUCAAUCGAUUCCAGUCGUAUAAUAUCAUUUAAGUUAAUUAUGCAAAAGGAAACUUGUAGUACGAUCGCAGCAAAAUGUUCACCACAUGCUCAAUGUAUCGAGAGAUCUGACGGUGCCGUUUGUGUAUGUAAUCCAAUGUGGAUAGAUUUAAACAUGCAACAACCCGGAGAACAGUGUAUAAUAAGCCCAACUGUAAUAGCGUUAAUUAUUAUUGGAACAAUCCUAAUCAUAAUAAUAUUUGCCGCAGGAAUAUACUUCGCUCUUCGUACAGGCAGAAAUGGUCAACGAUUUAUACAUUCAUUUGCUUAG